GGGCAGUUCAUCCUGAGCCAGCGGCUGCGGCGGCAGCUGGGGCUGGGGCGGCUGUGGCGGCGCCUGGCAGGCUCCGCCAACCCCUUGGGAGCGGGGGAUGGGCUCCGGGCGCGGAGAAACUCCCUCAACAUCCAUCUCCAUCUUCCCAUUCACUGGAGGGCAAGACAAAAGCGGAGCGGAGACUUGGCAGCGGCGCCCGGCAGCUCCUCAGCUGCCCGUGGCACGCAUGGCUCGCCGAGGAGGGGCCGCCUCCCGCGCGCCCGCCCUCCUGCCACCCUUCGCCCGCGCUCCCCGCGGCUCCGCUCGCCUGCUCGGCUCCGGCACUAGCGGCGUCUGGGCCGGGGAGCCCGAGGAGUGGGUGGCCGCGUGUCCUUGGAGCGCUGGCCUUCAGGCGCCCCCGGCAGUCCCGCUAAGCAGAGCGCAUCCCGGCGGCGGCGGCGCCUCCCCGCGCUCCCAGCCUCAGGGCCGCUCGAGGACUUGCUCUCCAGCCCGGCCCACGCUCCUCGCCGCUUUCCAGCGUCUCUUGGGGCCCCUCGGCGUUUCCCCUCCCUACCAACCUUCUGAACAAAGUUGCUGGAAGAACAAACCUGAUCGCCGGGAUAUGCCCGGCCAAACUGGCAGGAAUAGGGACUGUCAGGUGUAAGUGAAAUCUACGGUCCCCGCCCGCUGACCAAGCGACAACCCUCCCCAACGCAAAGGAGCCGAGGAAAGGAGGGAUCUCCGACCUGGGCGAGGUGGCAGCGGCGAGGACUAGAAAGAGUGUGGAAAUAAAAAUCACAUGUCAGUUCAGAGAGAAGCAGGAAUAGCUGACUGGAAUCUCAAAAUCAGCUCAAUGGAUAAUGACAAAAGUGUUAACUUCUGUGACACCAUCCUCUGAAGAUGAAACCAUAAUGUCAUCAGGGGUGGUGUUAAAUGCCAGCCUGAAAAGAAAGUGGAAGAGACUGAUACGGUGGAAUGCAAGGACACUGGAGCCCUGAGAGCAGCCUAUUGUCUUUGCUUGGUAUUUACAGCUAUUCAUUAGCUAUUCUUUAUCUAUUCUUUAGCAAAGCCCUCUGAACCAGAUUCAUUUCUUUUUUUAAUGAGAAAACAGAAAGAAAAUCAAGGAAUGAGCUCAAAGUAACCAAAAAAACUUUCCAGUAGUGAGAUAAACAAAUGUUACCAUGAGUCUGAAAGCUAGAAUUCUACAGGGAGAAGAAAUAUAUGGCCUCUGCUAAUUUUAACUAGGACCAUUGCC